AUGGCACACUUCAAGGAUCCCUAUACCCACCUCAACAACCCUUAUUCCCACCCCAAGGAUCCUUAUUCCCACCUUAAGGAUCCCUAUACCCACCUCAACAACCCUUAUUCCCACCCCAAGGAUCCUUAUUCCCACCUAAAGGAUCCCUAUACCCACCUCAACAACCCUUAUUCCCACCCCAAGGAUCCCUAUACCCACCUCAACAACCCUUAUUCCCACCCCAAGGAUCCUUAUUCCAACCUUAAGGUUCUCUAUUCCCUCCUCAAGGACCCUUAUUCCCACCUAAAGGAUCCCUAUACCCACCUCAACAACCCUUAUUCCCACCCCAAGGAUCCUUAUUCCCACCUAAAGGAUCCUUAUACCCACCUCAACAACCCUUAUUCCCACCCCAAGGAUCCUUAUUCCCACCUAAAAGGAUCCCUAUACCCACCUCAACAACCCUUAUUCCCACCUAAAGGAUCCUUAUUCCCACCUCAAGGACCCUUUAUUCCCACCUAA